CCAGGUGAGGCCCCUCCAGGUGAGGGCUCCGUCGCCGUCGCCGCCGUGCCGGGACCCCCCGGAGCCUUCGCCGAGGGGGGGCUGCAGGGGGGGCUCCAGUACCAGUUCAGGAGCGACACCAACGGUGCACAGGUGACGUACCGCGUGGUUCAGGUGUCGGAGGCUCUCGAUGGCCCCGAGGGCGGCGCCGUCAGCGUCGUCUCCACCUUCGCUGGGACCCCCCAGGCCGUGAUCCAGAACCCCUUCUCCAACGGGGGCAGCCCCGGCAGCGAGGGCGGGGCCGAGGCCAGGUUCACCUGGGGGGGGGAGGGGAGCGUGGCCGUGCAGGCCGACCCCGCCCUGAGCCAGGCUGGAGGUCAGUUCUAUGUGAUGAUGACGCCGCAGGACGUGCUGCAGGCGGGGGGAGGGGCCACGCGAGGCCUCGCCCCCCACGGCCACCCCUACUCACCGAAGUUGGAGGGGCCGCGGGUGCCGCGGGACGAGCGACGGCGAGCGCAGCACAACGAGGUGGAGCGGCGGCGCCGGGACAAGAUCAACAACUGGAUCGUGCAGCUCUCCAAAAUCAUCCCCGACUGCGGCGCCGACAGCGGCAAAUCCGGCGCGAGCAAGGGCGGGAUCCUGUCCAAGGCCUGCGAUUACGUGCGGGAGCUGCGCCAGAGCAACCAGCGCCUGCAGGAAACCUUCAAAGAGGCCGAGCGGCUGCAGAUGGACAACGACCUGUUGCGACAGCAGGUGGAGGAGCUGAAGAGCGAGAACGCCGUGCUCAGGGCGCAGCUGCAGCAGCGGGGGCUGGACGGGACCCCCGAGGGGACCCCGCAGUGAGCGCAGCCCCUCCCCCACCGCCAGCCCCUCCCCCACACCCCCCCCGCCCCUCCCC